AAUUCGGACCUCCACGUUCCCCAGAGCGCGCUAGCAUUCGUGGUACGUGAUUGGUCAGUGAUAUUCUGUGCUCUUAGGUGCUUAUCAAAACGGGACUUUUUAUCACAAACUUCGGCGAUUUCAAAUUCGAUGUUAUAUUUCCAUUAUUUCACAUUGAAUAAAACUAAAUUUACGCAUAGAGAAUUGCUUUGCGAUCGUGCUAUCGAGUAAAUGUUGUGGUGAAUUAAAAUAACACUUGCAAAGAACUUUAAAUUCAUUUAAUCGUGCAACUUUGUUUCAUCCUUCUAAGCUCACUAAAACACUGUAACUCGAGAGCACAGAAAUAUCAACAGCCAAUCAGAAUGCGCGACGGUAUCGCCCUCUGGGGAACGUGGAAGUCCGAAUUCUUAAAUGUUGUGUUUGUGUUUGAGUUGAUCGGAAUUUUCUCAAAUUUAAUUCUUCGUGCUCGUGCUACUGUUAAGCUACAGUUGCGUUUUGCUUACCUACGUUGUUGCGAAGUGUUGAUAUUUUGAAAAUUUUGAAUACUGAAGAUUACAGUUCUUGAAUGUCGUGCUUCGUUGCCUCGUUGGAUCGGAAGUUUCUAAAAUUUAAUUCUUCAAUUGAUUGCUAAGCUACAGAUUCAUACAUCAUGUCAAACGAUAGGAAUUUUCGUCAAGGGUUCAACGCGCCUUUAGAACGUGAUUUUUUUGCUCCAGAUGAAUUACCAGAUUCAGCGUUAAAUGAUACCUCAGCUUAUCAAAUAAAGAAGCUGCAUGGGACUUCUUGUAAUAGAGUGGAAACUGCUCGUAUCGAUCUGGAAGAUAAAAAUACAUACGUCCCACAACUCAUUCCAAGUUUAGAAGACAUGGCUAAUUUUGCAGCAACUGUAGAAACGUUAAAUCAUCACUACACGUACACGGGUCAACGCUUCGUUGUAAACUUCGAUUAUCUUAAACAUGCGAACGAAGUAAUCGAUAAUUUGAUGGUACCAAACCCCAUCAAAGAAAAAAUGAAAGCACUUUGUGCUAAGAUGGAAAAAGAAGUGCGUUCUCUCCGAUCUGAUAUUCAGAGAUUCAGCAGUGUAUACGAUUAUUAUUCAUUUUUUUAUCUCUACGGACUGGUUUGGGACUCGAAUGGUCACAUUGACGAAAUAAAAACGAUACAGAAAGCUUUACCGCGUUCGAGGCAUUUGAAUGAUGACGAUUUCGUAUUCGAAAUAAUAACUAAAUACUGUUUAGUGGAUUAUAUAAUGUCUUUUCCUCUGGAUUCUUUGAGUGAUGAGUUCAUCAGAACAGUGGGAGAUAGAAGAUUUUCCGAACAUCAACUAACAUAUUACUGGAUAAAAUGUACUCUUGAUAGAUACGACGAAGGCCACUAUCAGUAUGUGCUGAAUUCGGUGAAACGGGCUUUUAGCAGUCAAUAUCAAUGGUCUGCGUACGAAUACUUCUGGGAUUUUUUCAAUGAAAACGAUCAAGUGGAGAUGACCAUGAAUUUAAUUCGAAACGAUAAUUACAAAAGAUACCUGAAGAUUAUAUUUUCAAAAUUGAAUAAAAAUCAGCUCAAGCGUUUGUAUUCUGCAGCACCUCUUAACAUUAUUGCCAACUUUUUAUCUUUGGAAGAACUCGAACUAGCGAAAGCGACUUGGGAUCGUAUCAAAUUGACGAUUGAAUGUGAGAAGUACGAACUUCUGCUUGAACAUAUCUGGAAGAAUAAAAAAUUACAAAUAGAUGAAGGAAUCCGUUUGCAAUUUUCAGUUUAUUCAUGGAACACCGCACCUCUGAAUUUAAUCGAGUACCUGAUCGAGGUGAAAAAUUGUCAAAUUGCGGACAAGUUUUUAAAAGGAAACCCACUGAUUGAAAAUUCCUGUAAUUUUGAAUUUCUGAAAACCGUUUUAUCUCGAGCAACACUCGAAUUCAAACAGAAAUUUUUGCUACAAGCUGGGCCAUGUUUAGCAUUGAAUCAUCCGGACGUGUUCGCUUCACUGAUUAAUCAUUGUUUGAACGAAACUGACCGUGUGACAGUCAAGGAAAAUUUACUUAUUGAAGCAAUGGAGUCGAGUCCACCAGCUGGAAUUAUGCACCGUUUUCGCGAUUUAUUUUACUCGAGUCGUGAAGAAUUUAACGAAUUCCUCGAGUUAUUCACUUUGAAACCAACUUUACAGACACAAUUCAAGGAGUGUUUGUUACGAUCUAAAUUACUAAUCACCAAAGCACUGUGGAAAGUUGAUAUUUGGGAAAAAUUGACUCAAUUUAUAGACGAGUUGUAUCCGAACCGUGAAGUAGCUCGAUAUCAAAAGACGAAUGCUGUUUAUACUUUUUUGCAGAUUCACUGCACUUACUACGAUUGUUACCGACGGAAUGGCGAUGAAAAGUUUACCGAAAUUGAUAACUUCUUAAAUCAAGUUCUUACACCUCAAGAAGUAAUCACUGCCAAAGAAAAUAUAGCCAAUAGUUUUCUAGAAAAAUGUCGAUCUGGUUGGGUCAGCUAUUUGGAAAGAAUGAAUAUGCAGCGAUUUGCCUCGUGGUGCUAUUGCGGCGAUGAAGAAAACAUAAAGAUAUUCAGACAUUCGCUUCAAAUUGAUAAAUUAUUUCAUCGUCUUAUGACUGAAAUAGUUGGACGAUACGUUAAUAGUUAUAGUAGAGGUGCAAAGUUAUCGUUUUCUUCAUUAGACGAACUCUUACGUUGGAAGUUUUCAUCGAAUAGAAGAGAAAUUGAAAAAUUCAAGUCUCGUAAAAUAAAAGAAAUCAUGAAAAGAAAGGUAGAAGAACGCUUUUUGUGGAAGACGUACGCAUAUCCGUCUGUCCUGAAGAAAGUUAUUGAAUGGGGUUUCCAUGGCGAUAGGCGUCAGAUUCGAGAAUUUGAGCAACGUUACUCAAAAACAGAUAUGAUGAAGAUUAUUCACUGGAUGAAUUUUCGUGAAGUGUCGACGGAGGAUAUGGAUUGCUGCGGAGAGUGCUCUGAUGAAGCAGAUGGUGCAAGGCGCCGUGCUCGUUCUGUUCUUACCGACUAUGAGACACAUUUUGCAUGGCACUAUCCUUUUACCAACAAUGAUGAUGUGUUUCGUGAGUUUAACAAUGAAAAUUGAAAGCCAUCGUAGCAUGCCCGAACUGCCCGAAGAGUCUGACUAGUACGACUGAUGAUCUUAUUAUUUAUAGAAUUUAUUUUAAUUGGUGUGCAUCGAAAUAUUCACAUCUCGUCUGAUUGUCUAUUGUAAAAGGUCACAUAUCUACGGCUAUUUUUAUAAGUUUUUUUGUUUUGUUUUUAGUCCAAUAUAAACUUUUACCAUUA